UCCUUCUCUUUUCUCCCACAAGAACCCAGAAACCCUCCGUGUCAGAGAUGCUGCCGCUGCUGCUGCCCCUGCUGUGGGCAGGUGAGUGGACGAGGGAAGGGGUGGUGGGGUGGGGGCUCUGCUGACCCUCCUUUCCCCACAGGGUCCCUGGCUCAGGAUAAAGGAUACUGGCUGAAAGUGCGGAGGUCUGUGAUGGUGCAGGAGGGCCUGUGUGUCUUCGUGCCCUGCAAUUUCACCUAUCCCCGAACAUAUAAUCCCUACUGGUCAGACUCUGACCUGGCUCACGGGUUCUGGUUCCGGGAAGGGGCCAAUGAAAAGCAAGAUGCUGCAGUGGCCACAAACAAGCCAGAUUGGAAAGUGCAGGAGGAGACCCAGAGCCGAUUCUACCUCCUCGGAAACCCUCAGACCUAUAACUGCUCCCUGGACAUCAGAGAUGCCAGGAGGAACGAUGAUGGAAAAUACUUUUUUCGGAUUGAGAGAGGGCAAAACAAGCCAUGGAGUUACAGAUCUAACUUGCUCUUCGUGCAUGUGACGUCCCUGACCCAUACUCCCCUCAUCCGCAUCCCGGGCACACUGGAGUCCGGCCUCCCAAGAAACCUGACCUGCUCUGUGCCCUGGGCCUGUGAGCGGGGCACGCCCCCCAUCUUCUCCUGGACCUCAGCUGCCCUCACCUCCCUGGGCCCCAGGACCCUCCUCUCCUCUGUGAUCACCCUCACACCUCGGCCCCAGGACCACGGCACUAACCUCACCUGUCAGGUGAAGUUUCCUGCAGCUGGUGUGACCGUGGAGACAACCAUCCAGCUCAACAUCACCUGUGCCCCACAGAACCCCAAAAUUGGUGUCUGCCUAGGAGACGGCUCAGGGGAACCGGGAACCAGAUCAGGAGUGGUUCUGGGGGCCGUCACGGGAGCUGGUAUCACUGCACUGUUUGCUCUCUGCCUCUUCCUUAUCUACUUCAAAGUGAAGACCCACAGGAAGAAAGCAGCCAGGACAGCAGUGGGUGUGGACGAUAUCCAUCCUGCCGUCGGGCCAACUACCCUGAGUCACCAGCAGAAGUCCAAGUUAGACAGCCCCACUGACUCCUCAAGCUCUGCAGAGACCACCCCUCCCUUGGAGUUGGAGCAGGAGCUGCAUUACGCCUCCAUCAGCUUUCGUGGGAAGAAUCCUCCUCUGAAGAGCACCCAUGAGGCAUACUCAGAGAUCAGUACCUAGUGAGAAACCGACGGGAGCUUCAGUCUCACCUGGAGCAUCUAUAUCUUAACAGGAAGGGCUACUCCCAAGCUGAUUCUUGCAGACUUAGCAUCCCCACAAGCAAUGGGUUUAUAAACAGCUAUACACUAGUUUCCUGCUAUAUUGCAACUAUCAUAGGCAUUGCAAUCAGAGAUGACUGGAAUUAAAUCCACACUCUUUCACUUAUUAAGAGUAAGACACCUGGUGAGCCACCUUACCUCUCCGUGUCUCAAUUUCCUGCUUUGUGAUAGGUUGUCAGAAGUUCAGCCUCACGAGGUUGCUAUAAAGAUUAAAUAAAAGUACAUGUGAAAAACACCCAGCAAACGUCCCCGUACAUGUGAGAGUUUGAUAUGUGCUGGUUCUUUCUCCCUCAAACAGAAAGGUGUUAGUGACAUUUCCCUCAGAGGCUGGGUAUAUGCCCUGAGGCACCACAUCAUGUCAGGCUCACUCUCUACCCAAAUCCCUUCCAUCGAUCCUGUCCCUGACUUGGCCUCCAGCAUCAUCUGUCUCCACUCCGAAAUUGCCCUUUCCAUCCUGCUGGCCUGAUACUAGUCCAGCUAUGGGCAAAAUCACUUAUUAAGAUUUAUAGAACUUCCUAAAACUAAAAGCUAACCAUCGUCAAAAUACUGCUCUAUCUUCUCAGCCCCCCAAAAUGAUCUACAAGCGUUUCACUUGACUUUCUAGGUCCAGACUCAGGAAACUUGUUUGUAGGGAGCCAGAUAGCAAAUAUUCCAGGCUUUGCAAGCUAUCUGGUCUCUGUUGCAACUCUGCUUGCAGUGAAAAUGCAAGACAUAGAUAAGCUCAAACACUGAUGUAGCUGUGUUUCAACAAAAUUUUAUUUACAAGGGCAGUCAGCUCCCAGGCUGUAACUUUCUGACCUCUAUCAUAGGCUGUUCUUAACGUCACCCAGUCCACUUCUCUGUCACUAUUCCCUAACCCAUCAAUCUCUGAAGCCAUCCUCUAAGUACCCACAUCUAAUGCAUUCCUCACCGUCUCUGGGCAUCCACAUCCUUCCUCCAUGGAUUUCCAUCACCAUGUCACCAUUGGGCUUACACCCUCCUAUCUCUCAAAAUGAGCUCAAAAAUAAUGCCCGGGUUGAGAAGGUGGAGGGACGCAGGAACUCAUAACCUUUCUCCUAAAAAACCUAGUAUUUUAACUUAAAUGAAAAUCAGCUUAAACCAAAACAGCCCCAAAUUCUCCUGCGGUACCCAAAUGAUGACAGGGGUAAAACAUUAUGUAUCAGCUCAUAAAGUGGUCCCUAAGUAAACAAGUGGCAGAUUCCAGUGUCAUGGGAAAAAAUGCCUGACGCCUAAGCUCCCCAACCCUCAAACCUGGAAGAAACAGCUGAGUCGGACUUCUGUUUAUGCUAAUGUCACGCUGGGCAAUAUGAAUC